AUGGAAAAAAGCAAGUCAUUCCCUGAAUACACCUCGGCUUACUCCGGAGAGUUCGGAUUCCGGGAGCGGUCGAAUUCGUACAACUUCAACGGGCCAACUCAGAAGGGAAGUGGGUUUGCGACAUCAAGUGAUCCAGAACUGCAGAGGAAGAAGAGAGUUGCCUCAUACAACGUGUUUACAAUGGAAGGUAAGGUUAAAACAAGUCUAAAAAAUAGCUUCAAGUGGAUCAAGAACAGGUUCGUCACGGAUGUUCGCUACGAUGCAUGA